CAACAUCUUAAAAACUUCCAGUGUAGAUUUUAAGAAGAAGUUGGAUAGCCAUUUGUCUGAAAUGGUAUAGGAUUUCUUGUCUAGUAGGAAACUAUACCACUAUACCACUUAUUUACAGUAUUAGGCAUGACAUCUGAAGUAAUAUUCAAGGUUAGUCAGAAUUAAAGGAAUUCUAACAUAAAAAUGCUUCAGUAGUAAUUAUUUAAGCUUUUCAAUGUCAUGGUAGCCUACAGAACAGGCAAAUUAAGACUUCCACAACCUUGGAAAAACUGGAUAGACAACCAAUUCCCAUUAUUAUUUCCUCCAAAGAAACAAGUGUUAUGUAACAUCAGACUGAAAUCAAAAUUAGAACUAAUUACUUGAGAGUAUGUGCACAUGAUUGUGGAUGUAUGUGAAGCUACAGGGUUCUGUUCCUUGACAAGCUACAAUUGUAGUCUCAACCUUACCUUUGUCCUCCACUCUUACGAAAUACUGCAGAGGCAACAACUUUUAAACUUUGACAGGAAAAAAUGGGAAAAAAUAUUGGUAUUGGAAGAACUAAAGAUAAGCAUAAAAGAUCCCAGAAUUUUAUAUUAAAUAAAAGGAAUACUGACAAAUGUCCCAAGGAAGCAUGAGAUCACAUGAAAAUAUUGUGGAAUUUGGAGGCCUGAAACUAUAAAAUGCAUACUAUUACCCUUAAUUUUAUUUUUCUGAAUACUUCAUUAAAUAUAAUUAUACUCACAUGAAUUAAUUUAUAUUUGAUUAAAUAAACAUCCUUGUAUAUUAAUUAAACAUAAAUAUAUGCUCAUCUGAUUCAGAAUUGUAUGCAUCUUAUCCCACUUGAAAAAAACAACCCCUUAUUAAUAUAAAGUCAGGUUUGAUCCAGAAUAACUUAUAACUCCAAAGUUAAUACAAUCUGGCUAAAGAUCUCUACUUCAGAUUCUAGGCAGUCUUUCCUUGGCAGAGUAGACAAAAUCUUGAACACGUUAUUUUACAUGAUAACAAGUAGAUUAUUCUGAUAAUAAAGUAAUAUUGUUCCUUGGAGCAACAUUACUUUAUUAUCAGAGUAAAUGUCCCAUGGUAGACAAUUCAAAUAGCUACAUUUUUCAAUGAUUCACAACUACCUGUGUGUGAAUUUCUUCAGAGUAUGUUCUCUAGAAGGAACAUAGGGUGAGAUAGGGUGCAGAUCUGAAUCCAAUGUAUUCCUUAAUAAGAUACAUCCAAUUUGAUUAUUUGUUGAAGUAGAAACUCUGAGCAAUGCUUGUUAUUGUCACGUUGCUAACACAGACCCUGUCAUUAUCACUUACCUUCUAUUAUCAUUAUGACUGACAGACUAGGAGAAUGUAAGGUGCUUCGGCACCUUGAAGACCAGCAAAUUUAAUAUGACACGAGAUUUCACAGGCUAUAAUCCCCAAUGUCAGAUGACAAGCAGAUAUAUUACUGUAUAUAGGAGAUUUAUUUUUUGUAAGGACGAAAACUACUAAUAAUUAGUACAAUGAACAACUCUUCCAAAGCUGGAAAAGACGUGAUAUUCAAGGUUGACUUAGACUUCCAUCCUUCAGAGGAAAAGCCCAGAGAUUUUGGCAGUCUUCGAGCAAUGUUUCAAAAUGAUUCCAAUUUUUCCAAUAUGCUCAUGGAAUCUGCAAAGAAGCCUCCUGCCAAAUUCAAUCCACGGCAAAAUACAGGUGGCUCAUCUGCGUCUCAACCCACACCAACACGCUUGCACCAAAGGCAGGUUCCAGAUCCUGAACAGCAAACCAAGCAGUUCAGUUACACGUCACAGAAAUUGGAAAGCAGGCAAGUCAAGCCUAUGGUAUUCCCAAAGGCCAGGCUCAAAGAUAGGAAGGACCCAAACCUCUCUGGGGCCAUUUGCAAGCCACCUUUAUUGGGGGAUGAAUCGCAGAAACCACAUCCAAGAUCUUGCCUUUCUCCUCAAGGACCUGAAGGAGCAAGCAAUUCUUUUCGCAACACACUGCACAUUUGGGAAAGUGCUUCAGCACAAGGGGACCAGAAAUGUGGUGCAAUACCACCACAGUGUACAAUCAGGACAACUUCUCUUUCCCAUCCACAAGUUUCUAAUGUUUCAACAGAGGACAAAGCAAAAAUAGCUGGACUUAAGCAAGGGAUGAUCCUUGAUGUGUGUAAGCCUCCAUCCCACGUACAGAAUGAAUUUGUUCCUACGACUUCACCUCCAGUUCCUCCAAGAAGUCAGACAAGCUUAAGUAGAGUCAUUGCUGGUUUGUCUCCAAAUAGUUUGAACAAUUCGAACAGUCUAAGCAAGGUCUCAAAUGAAAGAUGUCCUGAUGAUGAAGAUGCCAAGCUUCCAAAAAUCAAGCUCCUUCCUUCUAUCAAAGAGCUUGGUCCUCCUCCAAAGAAACCACCAAGACCUCCCAAGGUAGAUCUUCGUGCCUUCCAGCAGAAUUUUCCAGAUACUCCAGAUGAUGCAUACUUGACUCCCGAAAUUACUGAACUGGAAGAUUUGAACACCUAUGAAGAAACCAUAUACUAUCAGGAACAGCAAAAGAACUGUCCUAAUCCUGCUCAACGACCCAUACACUCUUUCAAGUCUUUGGAAAAGGAAGAUACUAAGAUGUGCAAUCCUCGAAGUAUAUUCAUGAAACCCCGAAUCAGAGGGACUGAGAAGAAUAUGCCUCAAGAAGAAACAAAUCAGUGUUUCUCUGGAGAAGGAUUGGCAAAGGAUGAAGAUUUUUCAGAUGAUUAUGUAUGCCUGGAAUCUUUAAGAAGAGAUGAAGGGAAAUGGGAUCCAGAUCUAAGAACUGCUACAUUGGAGCAAACUGCAGAGGAAGUGUAUGACGAUGUGGAAGGGAUAGGGAGAGACCUGCAAUCCUCCGAUGCCCACAGAUCAUUUGCUUUACAUUCUAAUGAUACCUAUGAAGAAACAUAUGAAGAUAUUCAAAGUGAAAUUCAAAGUGAAGGUUAUAAUUCCUCCAAAUCUGAAAUUUCUGGAAAAGGAAUUAUUCAUUCCAGGAAUUAUAAAAGAGAUAUCAAAAUUGAAAAACUCAAAGCAUUUGGAAAAUUUUUCAAAGGAAAAUUAAAAAUAAAAAGCGCACACAUGAAAGAGAGUUCUCGCAAUCUUUCUCGUUCUGUACCAAACCUAGAUGUCAUGGCCCAGGAAAACUUGGUGUAUAAUGACAUUGACCCAGAACAAAAUGAUACAAGAAAUCUCUUUAAAGUCAAGAAAUACAUUGUAGAAAAGAAUAACAAGAUGACAAAAGAGGAACAAUCAUUUAGAGAAAGAUUUAUGUAUAAUAAAGAAAUUACAGUUAUAAAUACGGCAGUCGCACAUUGCUCAAAUACUCCUAUCAGAGGAAACCUGGACUUGAGGAUUUUGCCUGGAGAACAACUUGAAGUUAUAGACAUCACUGAAGGAAAUCAACUGAUAUGUCGGAAUUCUGAAGGCAAAUAUGGAUAUGUGCAAUUAGAACAUUUGAAUUUCAGGCACUAGUGCUGUACAACUGAAGGCCAACACGUGUGACUUAUGGAAGGACGUUGUAGGCACAAUAUAGGGAAAAUAGUCUGCAUGAAUUUUCGUUGCUUGGGAAAGAAAACAAAAAUGGAAUUGUGGACAACGCACUCAGUCUGAAUUCUUCAGAAACUUACAAUUGCUACUUUUUUAAUGAUUGUCAUAAAAGUGACUUUUUUGUAUUAGUGCUUGAUAUUCAUGCUAUCCUGUCCAGAGUUUAUCAAUUUGGUACAGGCCAAGGUACAAAUAACUUAAUGCCAUUGUCUGUAAAACACUUUUUUUUCGACUUUGUUUCAAAUUACAACUCUUCCCAGAGCAGCUUUUUUUCAUGGUAAUUGUAAAUGUCACUUUGCUUUUUUGGAUAUUGUACAGCAAUACUUAGUCUUUGUGUGCAAGACCUAUUACCUGCUAUUGACACAUUUCUUUUUCUAUGUAUUUUGUCAAUAUUAGGAGUAUUACACUUGGUUUUAUAUUUAAUCCUGUAUUUAACCAGUGUAAGAAUUUGUGGACUAAGCAUUUAGAAAAAAUAUUGGGAGUCCAUUUGAUGCACUAUUUUUAAAUGUAAAUAGGAUAAAUAAAAUAUGAAUUGGUAAUUAACACAUUGCUGCUAAUUGUAGAGUUUGACACAAAACUUUGCAGAAAUUAAACACAUACUUAGAAGUGUUUACUGUUUCAUUAAAAAAAAAA